CGAUUAUGGAUAACAGGCGAUGAAGCAGAAUUCGACCCUACAGUCCUGCGACAAUUUCAUGAAGAAGGUUUCGAAGUGACUUACCUGCCUUUCCAAGGCGGCGGCAAAGCCUACGAAAAACAACUGCAGCAUCUGGCCGAUGACUUGGAACAUGGUGAAGUCUACGGCAUAGUCGCAUAUGGCGCCGCCGCCUCAACUUGCUUGACCUUUCACAUCUCUCCACAACCCAACCUUGCCUGCCUGAUCGCCUACUAUCCGACUGAACUCACGCAUCCCCUGACAAAGUACCCACCACACUUGAAAGUCCUGUGUCACCUCGCUGCGACUCAGCCCUUUGCGCCAGCCUUUCAGUCAUACACGUAUUCCGGAACGCAACCUGGAUUCGCGGAGCACGAUGUGGAUGAGUAUGACCCUAUCUCCGCAUCACUCGCAUGGACGCGCACACUGGGCACUCUGCGGAAAGCAUUCAAGGUUGAUGUGGAUCUCGAGCCAGUCAGAGAAGCGCACCUCAGGAGUCUCUUUGCGUCCGGCGAUGCGAAAGCAGCAUUGUCAAGCAUGACGACGAUGGACGAAGAUGUGUUUGCGAAUUAUGUAUCCACGAUGACGGGCGGGACUGGACGGGAAGACUUGUUCUUCUUCUAUAGAGACUACUUCCUUCCUAAUCCUCCUUCUCUGGCGAUCAAGCUUGUCAGUCGCACGAUCGGAGUGGAUCGCAUAGUCGACGAGAUGGUCCUUUCAUUCCAACACACGCAGGAAGUUCCUUGGAUAUUGCCCGGUGUGCCUCCGACGGGCAAAAAAGUGAUAGUAGCAAUGGUGAGCAUCGUGUGCGUGCGUGGAGGCAAGCUGGUGCACGAGCGGGUGUAUUGGGAUCAGGCGAGUGUGCUCGUGCAGGUCGGUCUGCUAGACCUGACGCUCGUGCCGGAGAGUGUCAAGAAUCAGGGACUGGAGAAGCUGCCCGUUUGUGGAGCGGAAGCCACAUUGAAAGUGCUUGACCAGGAGAGCCAG